AUGCCCAGCUCGCUGACCUCAAUUGGCAUCGAAUACAGUUUGAUCCCGAUAUGUUAUGCAUCGCAGUCAAGUUUCGGUGAAAUUCAGGGUUUGGCACCGCAAUUUCUCGAGGUAAUGCUGGAACGGGCUGCCGGAUGUCUUGAGAACGCGGGACGGCGUUUCUUCCGGGAUCCCAAUGGCGCCAUUCGAGGUCGGGGUUCGAUCUAUUCAACUCUUGGGCAAUUCAGUAGCGCGGGGGCGGAGCUUUUGGUUUUCCUGCAGGCACCGCAAAGAUCCGCGUCGAAUACUUCAACCGCCACCUCGACAACCGGAAGGACAGCCACGGACCCGCGGGCCCCCGUUCUCGAGUUUCUCUACCCCCCUCGCACACAGGAGUUUAUAGCGACAUGCUUGAUACGUUCGCCAAGAAGGAUUGUCCCGCGACGGAGAAGGAAGGCCGUCCCUGGCGUUUCCAGGAAUUACUCGUCAGAGGCUGUUAGCCUAGACCGCAGGGUGGACGCUGAGGCUCACAUGCUUGACGACUCUGCUGAAAUAAUUGCCGAUGAGGACCGCGACACUGCCAAGACCGAACUUAGAGCGUUAUUGGAUAAGGAGGAGAUCGAAGAUUCCGAUAAAUUAUGGAGCCUUUUCUCAAAGGCUGGUCACCCUCUCGACCUGACUUCUGCAUUGCUGGCGAGGCUAGGCAGCUCUGAUCGUGACGUUGAUAACAGAAGAGCCAGGCGACUUCUCAACUCCCUGCCUAUCGAGUCCCGAACUUCUGAUGAUUAUUUGCACAUGACCAAGUCCUGUAUUGCUACGGGGAAUCUUUCGGAUGUGGAUGGGAUAUGUCAGGAAGCAAUCUCAUACAGCCGCGGCGUCUUAUGUUGGGCAUACUGUUUUGCACAGUUUGUGAACUCUGAACAAUGGGAUUAUGUGCAGGAUAUUUGGAGAUCGAGGCCGUUGGGCGACAAGUCGCUGUGGCACACUGUCGCCCCUUGGCUACAGGUGUCUUCCGUGCAUAAGCCGUUGUUAGCACUUGCUGAUUACUUACAAGACCAGAGUCUCAACAGUCCAGUACGUCUUGCUGCUCGCUUCAUACUCAAUAAUGUAUUUUCUAGCACGGAGUUUGCCGAAGCUACUGCGACGGAGACCCUUCUAGCACUACUGCAAAAGUUCAACCAUCUGGACUUGAUCACUUCGCGGAAUUAUCUUGAUCUUAUCAACACCCUUCAAGAAUCAGAGCACCGAUCGACGUUUGUUCGAUCUAUCGUGGUUUAUCGGAAUUUCCGUUGGCAGAUGGAGGAAGAGACUCCACCCCGAAAGCUUCUGGCUAAGCUGUUGAAGCGUCUCGCUUCUUUCGAGAUCACGACCGGUAUCUUAUACUUUCUCGAUGAGAUUUCUCACUUCCAUCGCAAACCGACAGAGGACGUCUACAGGCAGGCGCUUAUUGUUUUUUCGAGAGCCGGUGAUGUGGAGAAUGUCCAGCAUGUAUUCGAGAGGUUCCUUUCGGACCACGGAAAGCCACGAAGCCGCAAAAUCGUGGCUCCACUUCUCUAUGUCUACGCCAGAAUUGGCGAUGUUGAACAGACCACGCGUCAGUUCCGAAGAAUUUCGGAAGAGUUUAACCUUCAACCGAAUGACAUAUGUUGGAACAUCCUGCUUACAGCUUAUUCCAAAGCGGGAGAUCUCUCAGGGACCUUCGCCAUGUUCAAGAAGAUGAUGGAAGAGGGUGUUGAGCCCACCUCGCACACUUUUGGUAUAAUGAUGGGUCUUUGUGCUAACCGGGGCGAUGUUACUCAUGUCCGUGAUCUGCUCAGCCUAGCCCAACAACAUAACGUGCAGAUAACAGCCCCCAUGAUUGAUACAGUUGUGGAGGCUUAUUGCAACAACUCAGAGUGGGAGAUGGCUGAGCACGUUGCGGAGACUUGCCUCGGCCUCGACGUCAAGGGUUCUCGCGUAAGAAUGUGGAAUAUCUUGCUAUGGAAUUAUGCUUUCCGGAUGGAUCUGGAAGCUAUAUCAAGGAUACGCUCGCGGAUGGAUGCAUCAGGACUGGAGCCCGAUGAUAUGACCUAUUCUGCUCUCAUGCUCAGUCUUGUGCUUAUAGGCCAGACGGAUUCUGCCCGUCGCAUCCUGAGGGCACUCCACCGAGGUCGCCGCGUUUACGCCACUGAAUUUCACUACGCAGUCAUCCUGUAUGGCUACCUGAAGGACCGCAAUCGGGACAUGGUGCACAUCAUUUUCCGCGAAAUCAAAGACAGAUUCAAUCAACCGGGACUUGGCUCGAGACUCCUUGUGCUCAAGAGUCAGAUCCAGCGAGAUUUGCAACUUUUGGCACAGGGCGGUCAGGUCGGCAACCACGCAAAUAUUCGUCUCGAAAACUCCGAGAAAUUCCUCGCAGAGACUCUUGCAGAUUACCACUCUACCAAGUUGGCGACGAAGUACCCCUUGCUGGGUUCUGGUAGGAUGUCUGCCAGGAAGGGAUUCCCUGCUGUUUAUUACGAAUAUAUGAUCUCUGCCUAUGGUAUGAAGGGGGCUUAUCUGUCGGCUCGGAGGCUUUUCGAUGACUAUACCGCUAGUCAUCCACCCAAAGACUCUGAUGAAGAGAAUUACCAUGACAUCGCGCCUCUUCGUUUGCUGUCUGCUUUGAUGCUCGCGCAUCUGAAGGCUGAACAGUACCAACAGGUGGAAGAAUGCUGGAACCUGGCUUUCACUCGUGCAUUGAAGAUAGCCAGUCCCACUUCUCCUGAGAUUGAUGAGUGGCUUAGUCGUCAACUCAACCCAGGUACACCGCCCUUACCAUCUCAUGCCGAGCUCUUGGUGAAUCCCGACGACUCCCAAGCUAGACCAUCCGAGUCAGCUACGACAAAGAAGGACCCGAUUCUACCAGCGUACCGCUUCAUGCUAUCUCGCCCUCUUUCACUGUAUCUGCGUUCUUUGGCUUAUGGAAACGAGGUUUCGAAGAUCUCCGAGGUCAUAGCAAAGUAUGUGGAGGCAGGCUUCUCCAUGACAACCUUCAAUUGGUCCACUUUUGUGCAGAUGCUUGCGUCCUCCGACAGGUUGUCUGAUCAGAUUGAAGCUUUUACUGUCUUUGAACAUAAGUUCAUGCCCAACUUCCCUGGGUGGGAUAAUCUUCGUCGAGGAUAUGGUGCACGACCUCCGGGGGUGCCUUCAACCAUUGAUGCGAUGGAGAAUCCUAAACGGGCAAAGCCACCUAAUGUACUGGGCAGAUUGGGCCGGCGCUACUGGAGCAAGAUCCAGCCGGACUUCAUGCAGCCCACGUACGUGUCCAUGGUAUAUCUGGCUGCUGCAUUGAGGCGACUUCGCGAACGGAGCAUUCACGAGGGAGGCACGGAUCUUCAAGCUAUAUACGAUGCGGCGCCUAAGACGAUCGCAGCAGUUGCUAGACUUCCUUACCUCCGUGAGAAGUUCCAGGGUGUGCUCCUCCGGCGUCGGCAGGAGAAAGGCGAGAUGGUUGAUGAACUUGGACGUGAUCGUUAUGUGUGGACAGGCGGUAUUCUUGGUGUGGGCGGCCUGACUAGGUCUAAGUCACGGAAUGAACCGACUGCUGAAAAGGCGGGACAAGACAGUAGCAAUAUUCGAGUCGAAGCACAAGAUACCACUUCUGAGCCAACUGAUGAGCCUCCAAUCAAUGUUGGUAUCUCCGAGUUGGACGAUGAUGAGCAAGAUUCCGAUGUUGCGCCCUCGCCGUUCAGAAAUACCCUCGACUACCCCGAUGAAUAUGACAUGGAGGCCGAGACGCUGCUCGAGGAAAGAGACAAAGAACUCGGAACGAAGGAGGAAUUGAUGGACGAUGAAAGUCUCGUGGAAGAUGAUGAAGAUGAGUUCGACGAUCUGGAGGAGGACAUGGAGGCCGAAGAAGAAGGAGAAAAUGAAGGAGAGGAAGAAGAAUGGGUGGCAGAGGAGGCAGAAGAAGGAGAAGAUGUUUCUGAUGCCGAAGAACAGGACAUAUAUGAGCCCCAAAACGAGGGACAAACCCCUCUAGGCGAGGGUGAGACUCGUUGA